AGAAGUCAUCCAACCAGACGUCUUUGCCAAGCAUAAUGUCAUCGUUGAGGAGAUCAGUCAAGUCUUGUGAGCUUCUGAAGUAGAGCAAAGCGAUGCGGGCCUUCCUGUACAACUCAACCUGAGGAACACAUACAGUAUGAUGCGUCCUACUCUGCUCCAUGGCGCGGCGUCCUCUAUCUGCCUACCCCUCCUAGCGCUCCUCCAAUGGGCUCACCCACUCGUGCGAGGCGCUCUUUACCGCGGAGAAAAGAGUGCAGCGGCCAGUUAUGACAUCACCUAUCCCGUAUGGUUGCCUCUUCACAGACACGGCAGGUCUGCCAACAGAGAGCAUCCUGGGGAGGCUCAAGUUAUCAUCUCAGCCGAGGGCCAGGAGCUGAAGCUUCACCUGGAGAGAAAUGAGCAGCUGUUGACAGCUGGAUAUCAGGAAAUAUGGUACACUCCAGAUGGACGCCGCAUGUCCUCCUCCCCUGUCAACAUGAAUCACUGCUUGUACCACGGAGAGGUUUUGGGUGUUCCAGGUUCCAGCGUCGCUGUCAGCACAUGUGCAGGACUCAGGGGACUCAUUUCUCUAAACACAAGCGUCAGCUACCUCAUUGAACCCGUUUCCACGGAUACGCCUCAGCAUGCUAUUUUCCGAGCCGAAAGUGUCACUCUACCUCCAAGUAACUGCCUGCAGCACCAAAACAAGGAGCUGAAAAAGUUCCUCCAUGGGAUGACAUCACCACAAAGGAUAAGGGUGAGUGUUGUAACGAGUCGUAACACCAGAGAUACCGCACAUGAACAUCACACCUGUCGUUUAAAGGAAAGAAGAGAUGUGAGUCAGAAUAUGAAAUAUGUGGAGCUGUUGCUGGUGGCAGACAAGGCUGAGUUUGACAAACAUGGGAGCAGUCUCGAGAAGACCAAACUGAAAUUACUGGAAGCUGCCAAUUUAGUUGACAAGUACUACAAGGCUUUGAGCAUCCGUGUGGCAUUGAUUGGUCUGGAGGUGUGGACCAGCCAGGACAUGAUCGCGGUGUCCAACAAUCCUCACAGCACGCUUGCGGCGUUCCUGUCCUGGAGACGCAAACAUCUCAACGUGCUCCCUAACGACAACGCUCAGCUCAUCACGGGACGGUCAUUCCAGGGUGCGACCAUCGGACUGGCGCCUAUCAGAGCCAUGUGCUCCGAAUAUCAAUCUGGUGGAGUAAACACAGACCACUCGGAGUCAGCUGUUGGCGUCGCUGCCACCAUGGCGCAUGAGAUGGGCCAUAACUUUGGAAUGAGUCACGACAGCGUUGGAUGCUGCCAGGCCAGAGAUGAGGACGGUGGUUGCAUCAUGGCAGCUGCGACUGGACACCCUUUUCCACGCGUGUUUAACGCUUGCAACAUGCGGGAGCUGAAGAGCUACCUGAGCUCCGGAGGGGGCAAGUGUCUCUUCAAUGUACCAAACACCAGAUCCAUGUAUGGGGGGCAGCGUUGCGGCAACGGCUACCUGGAGGAUGGCGAGGAAUGUGACUGCGGCGAGGAAGAGGAGUGUACCAGCCCCUGCUGUAACGCAAACAAUUGCACGUUAAAAUCCGGAGCUGAGUGCGCCCACGGUGUCUGUUGCCAUAACUGCAAGCUGAAGAGUCCCGGGGUGCUGUGUCGGGCCCCAUCGGGCCAGUGUGACCUGCCGGAGUACUGUGACGGAAAGGCGGAGACUUGUCCUGCUAACUUUUAUUUGGUGGAUGGGACAUCGUGUGCAGACGGGAAGGCUUACUGCUACACGGGGAUGUGCCUCACACUGGAGCAACAGUGCCGCUCGCUAUGGGGACGAGAUGGCCGCCCAGCUCCUGAUGUGUGUUUUAAGAAGGUUAACGAAGCAGGGGACAUGUACGGGAACUGUGGCAAAGAUCUCGUGGGGAAAUACAGGAGCUGCAAAGAAAGAGAUGCUAAAUGCGGGAAGAUCCAGUGUUUAUCUUCAGCAUCCAAGCCAAUAGAGAGCAACGCGGUACGCAUCGAGACCACAGUGACUGUGGGCAACAAUAGGGUGCAGUGUAUGGGGACACAUGUCUACAAACCUGGGCAUAUUGAUGAGGAGGCGCAGGGAGACACUCUGGACCCAGGCCUCGUCAUGACGGGCACGAAAUGCGGCGAUGACUCGAUUUGCUUCAAUGGCGAAUGUCGCAAUGCAUCUUUCCUCGGGGCUGAUGACUGCCAUGCCAAAUGCAAUGAGCAUGGGCUGUGUAACAACAACCACAACUGCCACUGUGAGAACGGCUGGGCUCCUCCUUUGUGCAUCCAGAGUGGGUCUGGUGGUAGUGUGGACAGUGGACCUGUCAUCAAUCACAGCAACCUCCUUCCCGCGCUGCUGGUUCUUCCUCUGGUUCUUUUUGUUCUGUUGGCGGUUGGACUGUGGUGCUGCUAUAAACGUAAACUCCAGUCACUGAAAAGUCCAGCUCCACUACCUAUACCAAGUCGUACGGUGCCAGUUGAAGCCAAACCUCUGCACGCUGACGCUCAUGGGAACGGUCACGCCAACCCCACAUUCUUGCUAAAGAAGCAAGACUCACACCAACAGGGCAAGUCCUCUCCUCAUCCGAGACAGGCCAAACAAGCCAUCAUACGUCCAGCAGUGAAACCACCACCUGUACCAAUCCAUAAACACCACCAAGGGCGAAAACAAGCACCUUCGCCACCCUCAGGACCCCCACCUUUGCCUUCUGAUCCCCGACCAGAACCACCUAGCAGACCUCCGCCCCCUUGUCCUGUCAGUGGUACCUCAUCAGUGCAAGCAAAAGGCCAAAUAGUCACCACUCAUUCAUUGCUGAAGGGAAAGGCAGCUUUGGCGCCAUCUGCUGGACAUAAAAAUGCAAACAGAUCUUGAAUCUCAGGGAGAAAUUGGGGACCAAUUCCAUCACUUCCAAAAAAAUGACAUGACACUCUGGACCUGUGGACUGCAUUUUAUUUGCAUGGUGACUCCGGCGGAAAGAAAUGUGAAUUAUUUGAGGUGAAUGUCAGCUGUGAUGAAACAUUAUGUGGAAUAUUUAUUCCAAAGAAAAAUGAAUGUUUACAUGAUCUAAUAAACACGGUGCCUCUGAAAGAGCACCGGCUGUGAAUGAAUAUCUUAUAUUAAGAAAAUAUGCCAGUGCUGAAGUUCUUCUUAUGCUUCUUAUUUGUGGGUAAUGUUGGGAUUUGAACUGUUCCUGAUAGGAAUAGAUGGCAGAAGCGUAGCAAAUGUCUUUUUUUAAUAUGUUGUUUUUUUUUUAUUUACUGCAAAAAUGAUAUGAAAAUAAAUACACUGUUCAUAUUAGCAACAUUUUCAUAUCUGUUUAGGAACAACAGAUGCAUGUUCCUUUGAAUAAUGAUAAUAAGCAUUGCAACAGGGAAGCUUGUCAUAAUGAAGGUACCCUAAUUGGUGUUAGAAGUUGUAUAGAAACACAGCUGCCAUAUUGAAGAUCUAUGCAAACUCAGGCUUUGUAAUUUCAUCUCAUUUCCAACUGGAAGUCAAUAAAA